AUGACAUCUCAUGCAGAUCUUCUCGCUGCCUGUGCGGAGUUUCAGGAGAACUUCGCCAGCCUGAAUGGCAAAUAUAAUGUCGUUGUACAAGAGCUUCAUAGCGAGAAGGAAACGAAUGAGCGACUACGGAAGCAGCUAGAGUCAUUGCGUGGGAAUGAGGAGAAACUACAAGAGACGAUGCGUGAGCUGAAGAAAGACCUUGAGGAGGCCAACACGUACAAGGAGCGUUACCUCGCCUCUAAUGUGACGGUGGAGCACUUAAAGGGUCGACUGGAGAAUGCCCGCCGUGCGGUCGCCGACAAGAUGCUGGAGCACGAGCAGGAGCUGGAGCAGCUGCGCGAGCAGAACAAGGACCUCCUGCAGCGCGUGGGGGUGUGUGAGGACGCGGGGCUCACCCAGCGGCUGCGGCGGCAGGUGUGUGAGCUGGAGGCCCGCUGUGCGGAGCUGAGCGGCCAGCUGCUGGAGGAGCGCGAGCGGGGCGGGCAGCAGCUGCUGGUGGCCCACAACGCCCUCCGCGAGCAGCAGGCGCGGCUGGUGGAGCUCGAGCAGCGCAGCCGGGCGCUGGAGUCGGAAGUGACGCAAAUGCGGUCUCUCGUCCGGCGAUCGUCGGAGCUGCAGAACGACGCCGCCGUCGCGCGGGAGCGGGCCGCGUUGGAGGCUCGGCAGGCGGCCGCUCAACUCGCCGCGGCGGAAUCGCAGCGAAGAGACGCGGAGUCGCAGCGCGCACAAAUGGCGGAGGCCCACGCAGCGGAAGUGGCGGAACUGCGGGCCGCAGCCGCGAAGGCCGCCGCGGAGGCAACUAGUCGCAGUCGGGCACUCACAACAGAAAUCGACGGCAUCUCGGCAGAACUGCGGGAGGCGCGAUCACAACUCGCAGAGGCAGAACGGCAGGCAAACGAACGCGUCGCAGCCGUACGGGCAGCAGAACGGGUCGCAGCCGCAGCUCUGCAGGCACAACUCACAGACGCACGCACAGAGGCACAAGCGCAGGCCGCACAGCUGCAGGCAACACUACAACAGUUGCAGGCUGCUCAGCGGGAAGCACAAGCGCAGCGAGAGGCGACACAACGAGAGGCAGCGGCGGGUGAACAAUUACGCGCCAAACUCGAUACACAUACGCAGCAACACGCAUGGAUUAUGGCACAACGCGAACACGAGACGGCGCAGUUAGCCGCAGCACGCCGUCAGGUGGAGCAGUUGCAAUCAGCACAGCGUGAACAUGAGGCCGCACACGAUGCGGCGGAGCGACUACGCUUGCAACUGCGUUUCUGCGAAGAUGAACUGCAGGAGGCGCGGCGACUUGCAGAUGCCGCAGACGCGCGUGUGCGAGAUGUGGAAGAGGCUGCCGAACGUCGUCUACGCGCCCAGCGGCAGGAGUUGAAGGAUGUGAAGAAACAGGCACGGGCAGACCGUUCAAAGGCGGAUGCUGUACGGCGAAAGCUUGUACAAGCACUCCUAGAACGUGACACAGUACUGCCAUCAUCUUCAACAAUAGUACCACAACCACUGCAACAAGAACGAGGACGAGAUGUUGCUGCUUCAUAUACACAUCAAACAGGUGGAUUUGAUGUGCUUUCAGUGCUUCGCGGGCAGAAUGAACAGGCAGAGGCACUACACCACCGUAUCAUAGAGUUAUCUCGGUGA